AGCUUCACAUCGCGUCGGACAAAAGAUGCAGCCGAACGUGGCGCCGUCGCUCCGCCGAUAGAGUCCCGCGAACCGCCUGGAAGAGACGGGACGCGCGCACCGCUCCGCUUCGACGCACGGUUUCCCAGCGCGCACCGCCGCGAUGCUCGCGCCGUCCGCCGCCCCGCUGCUGCUGCUGGCGGCUCUGUGCGCGGCCAGCGUGGACCUGACAGGAGCCGAGGGCUGCGGUACCUCAUGUGGAAAAUGUGACUGCAGUGGCGUAAAAGGAGCAAAGGGUGAGCGAGGGUUUCCUGGUCUUCAAGGCAACAUGGGCUUCCCGGGGAUGCAGGGCCAUGAGGGGCCAGCUGGGCCCAUGGGCCCCAAGGGGAGCACAGGCGAGCCCGGAGCUCCCGGGAUAAAAGGAGUGCGAGGUCCUCCUGGUCUGCCAGGUUUCCCGGGAAACCCAGGAUUACCAGGCAUCAAUGGAAACGACGGCCCGCCCGGUAUGCCCGGGAUCCCCGGAUGCAACGGCACUAAGGGAGAUAGAGGAAGAGAUGGCUCUCCCGGUUUUCCUGGUCUGCAGGGCCCCCCUGGUGUCCCCGGAAUUCCUGGAAUGAAGGGUGACCCUGGCGGUGUGAUCGGGAUAGCUCCUCUGAAAGGAGAAAGAGGAUUCCCUGGUACACCUGGACAGGCUGGGACGCCUGGUCAGCCUGGUCCUGUUGGACCUCCCGGACUUCGCGGCUACCCAGGACUUAAAGGUGAUGCUGGUCCCCCCGGACCUCCUGGAGAGAAGGGUGACAGGCUGUCGUUUGUCAGUGAGAAAGGAGAUAAGGGUGACCGAGGAUUCCAGGGCCCCCCCGGCCCCCCGGGGCCCCCGUCACUGGAGGGACAUGAGGGAGGACCCAUCACGGUGCACGUCCCCGGACCGCCGGGGUUCAGAGGAGAUAAAGGAGAGAAAGGAGACAGAGGUCUCUGCUUUAACGACGGAGUGAAAGGAGAACCCGGCCCACCGGGUCCAAGAGGAAAGCCUGGAAAAGAUGGAGAGGAGGGAGGAAAGGGUGAAAAAGGCUUCUCUGGUGCUCCUGGAUAUCCCGGGUCUCAGGGUGAGAAAGGUGAUCGGGGACCUCCUGGUUAUGGCACCGGGGCCCCGGGCCCUCCUGGCCCUCGAGGUCUUCCAGGGUUACAAGGAGAAAAAGGCUACCCUGGUCCUCAGGGAGAGGCCGGUCCACCAGGACGACCUGUUGAAGGGCCGAGAGGAGAACGGGGUCAGAAGGGAGAUCUGGGAGAGAAGGGGGAGCGAGGCGUGGACGGAGACUCUCUGUUCGGACCCCCCGGACAGCCCGGUGUCCCCGGACCCCCUGGACCACCCGGCCCAGCAGCCGAUUCCACCGACUGUGACGUGGAGAAGGGGGCGCCCGGCCCCCCGGGACCUCCUGGGUUACAGGGAGAAGUGGGACAAAAAGGUGAUAAAGGAGACACCUGCCGCCUGUGUGACGGCAGCGGUGCAACUGGAUUACCUGGACCCGAGGGUCCUAAAGGCGAGCGAGGACCUCCUGGUCCAGUCGGUGGAAAAGGAGAAAAAGGAAAUCCUGGACUUUCUGGACAGCCUGGACGGCCGGGGUCUGAGGGAUCUCCUGGACUGAUGGGGGCGCCCGGGCCGGUCGGAGAACCCGGAGAUAUCUUCCUGGCUCCCGGUCUGAAAGGGGACAAAGGUCUUCCUGGAGUUCCUGGGACUCGAGGUCAGCAGGGUCUGGACGGGAUCCCCGGGAGAGACGGACCUCCAGGUCAGCCCGGACUCAAGGGGGAACCGGCCAAAGAGGGCGUCAAGGGUGAACGUGGGCCGCCUGGAGACCCUGGUCUUACUGGGACUCCCGGAGUGAGGGGACCACCUGGUGUGCCGGGCUUUGGCCGUGCAGGAGAGCCUGGAGAGAAGGGCAGUCAGGGGAGGCCGGGUCUGAACGGAGCUCCGGGAUCACCGGGUUUUAAAGGAGAGCCGGGUAAAGGUGUGAGCACUCCUGGACCUCAGGGGGUCCCUGGACCCAGAGGGGAGAACGGUCUGCCUGGAAUUCAAGGUGAAAAAGGUCUGCCUGGAGACCAGGGCUUCCCAGGUCUCCCUGGACCGAAGGGGGACCACGGCCCUCCUGGGAUCGGGUUUCCAGGCCCCACCGGCCCCAAAGGAAUCAGCGGAAUCCCAGGAGCUCCGGGACUGCCAGGAGAGCCGGGUCGACCGGGACAGGACGGCCUCACCGGAAACCCCGGAACACCGGGACAGAAGGGGGAACCUGGACGGGGUCUCCCGGGUCCAAAGGGCUCGCAGGGUCCGUCGGGAGUGAAGGGUUUCUCUGGAGAGAAGGGUAACAUCGGGUUACCUGGUAUUCCCGGGAGAGAGGGACAGACCGGACUGCCUGGACCGCAAGGAGUCAAAGGUGACAUCGGGCCCCCGGGACCUCCGGGACUGGUCGGUGCACCAGGUCCUGCAGGGAAAGGCUCACCUGGAGCCCCUGGCCCAGAGGGUCCACCUGGAGAGCCCGGACCAUACGGUCGGGAAGGUGUGAAGGGAGAGAAGGGCUACCCGGGUCCUCCUGGUCUAGACAUGCCCGGCUCUAAAGGAGAGAAGGGAGCGCCGGGGUUUCCCGGGGUUCCGGGGACUAAAGGCCUGCCUGGUGCGCCGGGCCUGCCGGGCCGAGACGGGCUGAUCGGGAACCAGGGUGUGAAAGGUGAAAUGGGGGUCAUGGGAACUCCAGGCGUCCCAGGAUUUUCUGGACCGCCAGGCCUGCCCGGAUCCCCCGGUCAGAGAGGUGAUCCCGGUGUGACCGGAUCCAGAGGCAGCCAAGGAGGGCCCGGUCCUAAAGGUGAGACGGGGGAGCGAGGCAUUCCGGGGCCGCCCGGGAACAUGACCGACGUGGAGAUGGAGCACAUGAAGGGGGAGAAGGGAGACACCGGAGACAGAGGGCGGGACGGAUUCUCCGGGGAGAAAGGCCACCGGGGACAGCAGGGAGACCCCGGGAUGCCGGGCAAAGACGGAGAGCCCGGAUUACCCGGACAGCCAGGCGCCAAAGGAGACGCCGGUUUCCCCGGAGAGCCCGGCGGCAUGGGGCCGCCGGGCCAGAAGGGCAGCGUCGGAGAGAUGGGUAUUCCAGGUCCAGUUGGGCCAAAGGGCACUAAAGGAGACACCGGCACGCCGGGUCAUCCUGGAAUCAGAGGAACUGGUGGACAAAAAGGAGACGCUGGAAUACCUGGUGAGCCAGGCAUCGGGAUCCCAGGACCUCCAGGAGAAAAGGGUCUGAUCGGCCAGCCCGGAUUCCCAGGCUCACCUGGAGAAAAAGGCCAGAAGGGUUACCCGGGUAUGCCUGGACAGCCUGGACAGCAAGGAGUGAAGGGAGAGCAGGGGGGCGUGGGGUAUCCCGGUCAGGCGGGCCGGCCGGGGGAGAAGGGGACCGCGGGACUGCCGGGAUCUCCAGGAGAGCCAGGUCUCGAGGGGCGUCCUGGCGAAGGAGGCCUGCAGGGACCUCUCGGACCACGAGGAGACAAGGGAGAGCCUGGAGUGGAUGGUAUCCCUGGCUCCACAGGAGAGAGAGGAGACCCAGGUGUUCCCGGCGUCGGCACGCCUGGGGUUCCUGGACCCACCGGUCACAAAGGCGACAAAGGCGGCCCCGGCUACCCCGGCAUGCCAGGCGAGCCGGGUUUACCUGGUAUCAAAGGAGACAAAGGAUUUCCGGGCUUGCAGGGACCCGCGGGCGAUCCUGGAGCGCCGGGUGCUCCGGGUCUUUCUCUAGAAGGCCCCAAGGGUGACCGGGGAUCCCCCGGACCGCUCGGAGAAGCAGGGCAGCCGGGAGUACCGGGACUCUCCGGCGUUCCGGGCCGCGACGGACCCCAGGGGGAGAAGGGAGAUCAGGGUCUGCCUGGCUUCCAGGGGGAGACGGGACACAAGGGAGAUCCCGGCAUUCCCGGAUUCCCUGGGCCUCCUGGACUCCCAGGGAUCAAUGGAGAGAAGGGAGAGAGAGGACUGCAGGGCGUUCCUGGAUUCCCGGGGCCAAAGGGACUCGGCGGGGACGUCGGAUUCAAAGGAGAACUUGGACACCGAGGCUUUCCUGGAGAAAAAGGUAACGAAGGCCCUCCGGGUCCGCCGGGCCCCCAGAUCUUCGUUAAAGGAGACGUCGGCUUCCCGGGAAAUCCAGGCUUACCGGGACCUCAAGGACCAGCCGGGCUUCCUGGACAUAAAGGACAACAAGGUGUGACGGGUCUUCAGGGGCCUAAAGGUGAGGAAGGUUUCCCCGGUUAUCAUGGUCAGCCGGGAGCCAAAGGAGAGCCCGGUCUGCCAGGGCCACAAGGGCCCAGAGGUCACCCCGGCCCUCCAGGUCCUGAUGGCGUUCCAGGUCAGGUGGGCCCCCCCGGACCCUCCUCUAUGGAUCACGGGUUCCUGGUGACGCGUCACAGCCAGACGGUGGAGGUUCCGUACUGUCCUCAAGGAACCUCGCUCAUCUACGACGGCUACUCUCUGCUCUACGUACAAGGCAACGAGCGCUCCCACGGACAAGACUUAGGUACGGCAGGCAGCUGUCUAAAGAAGUUCAGCCCCAUGCCUUUCCUCUUCUGUAACAUCAACAACGUUUGCAACUUUGCGUCCCGGAACGACUACUCGUACUGGCUGACCUCGCCGGAGCCCAUGCCCAUGAGCAUGGCGCCCAUCACCGGAGACAGCAUCAAACCCUUCAUCAGCAGAUGCGCCGUAUGCGAAGCCCCAGCGAUGGUGAUCGCCGUGCACAGCCAGACCAUCAUGAUCCCGCCGUGCCCUCAGGGCUGGGACUCGCUGUGGAUCGGAUACUCCUUCGUCAUGCACACCAGCGCCGGAGCUGAGGGCUCGGGCCAGGCUCUGGCCUCUCCGGGUUCCUGCCUGGAGGAGUUCCGCAGCGCUCCGUUCAUCGAGUGUCACGGCAGAGGAACCUGCAACUACUACGCCAACUCCUACAGCUUCUGGCUGGCAACCAUCGAAGACAAUGAGAUGUUUACGAAACCGGUCCCGACCACUCUAAAAGCGGGAAAUCUUCGAACACACAUAAGCCGCUGUCAGGUGUGCAUGAAGAGGACAUAAACCCCGUCGCCCCGGACUUCCAGUGAGGCAACGAGUGCGUCGAUGUCGUGGACUCGGCUUUACUUCCUGUUUUCAAAGGAUGGUGCUAUUUCCCUGCGUGGCGUGUAUGUGAGGAGAGAGAUGAAGGACGCUGAACUCUUCCAGAACCAAACCGCAGAGACCAAGUGGCCUUUUUGGAAACACACAAUCACAACAUGUUGCUAAAGACCGGCACCCAGUUUACCACUGCACUGACUCCAUGCCCCCCCGCCCCCGAACUGGUGAACUGGUGCCGACUCUGGAAGGGCUGUUUGUGUUCGGUGCUAUUGAAUCUCACUUGUCUGCCUCUUUUCUCUCCCUCUUGUUCCUAUUCUCUUUCCCUACCAAGUGCCACGUGAGUCAAAGCUAUAGCUACACGUUAUUAUAGUUUUUCACACCCUAUAACUUGUUUAAACCUACUAAUGUAAAGAAUGGGACUUACCACUGGUUACAGAUGCUUGUCGUUUGCUUAAAAAGAAAAACACGUAAAAGUCGCCGACACGGAUAUAUAGCAAUCACUUCGUUGUAAAUAUGAUGCAUUCCUUUUUAACAUAGGUCAACAUACUUUCCUCAGGUUAUUACUGAAUUACUUUGUGUGUCAUUAAGCCCAUUUUAUUUAUGAGAUUACAAGAAUAUGUUGGACUUCAGUUUGUCUGCGAUAAAGAACCAAAACAACAUUUCAA